UGUGGUAAACAAGUCUAUUUAGGGGGAUUUGACACUGCACAUGCUGCGGCUAGGGCAUAUGACCGUGCUGCGAUUAAAUUCCGUGGACUGGAUGCAGACAUCAAUUUUAACGCCAGUGAUUACGAUGACGAUCUUCAGCAGAUGAAGAGUUUAGGCAAGGAAGAAUUUGUGCACAUACUCCGUCGUCAGAGUACGGGAUUUUCCAGAGGAAGUUCGAAGUAUAGGGGAGUAACGUUGCACAAAUGUGGACGAUGGGAAGCUCGUAUGGGACAGUUUCUUGGCAAGAAAUAUAUCUAUCUUGGUUUGUUUGAUAGUGAGAUAGAAGCUGCAAGGGCAUACGACAAAGCUGCUAUCAAGUGCAGUGGUAGAGAAGCAGUCACCAAUUUUGAUGCGAGCACAUACGAAGAGGAACUGAGCACCGAGGCAGACAUUGGAGCUCCAGCUGGUGAUUACCAUGAUCUGGAUCUAAACUUGGGCAUAGCUCCACCUAAUAGAGCCAAUGGUCAAACUCAGAACAUUGAAAUGGGAAGCUUUCAAAUUUACCGUGGCUCGAACAACCUGCCUGAAAAUGGACCAAAGGGCUCUGCUUCAGCCUCUAUGGAGCAUUUAUCACAUGGACAUCGAAAUGUAUACGAGGCUCCUCCCUCUUUUCAUCCCAUUUAUAAGGGAACGGCAGAGAAGAUUAUGGAAGUUGAUUCGCCAGCAAAUUGGGGAUGGAAGACGCACGACAAUUUCCAUGUGAAUCAUCCGUUACCACUCUUGUCUACUGCAGCAUCAUCAGGAUUCGCUACUACUUCAUCGUCUGGUGCUAUUCACCAGUCGCCUUUUAACACAAUAUCCCAAACCCAUUAUCCGAUACCACUCUCCAAUUAUAAUAAUGGAUCUCAUUAUUGGUUCGGCUGAUUAAUUUGCACCACCAGAUUUUCCAGAAAAUAUGUUUUAAUUUUUUUUUUUUCUAUUUUAAUUCUCCAAUGCUGUUGAAAAAAGAUUCUACAAACUGUGAUAUUCACUUGGUUUGCAUAGUUUCAGUGCAAAGUUCUACUCUCAUGUGAAAGAAUCAAUGUGGAUGAAGCAUAGUCACAUUAUUAUGUAACUGAAAUCAUUUCAAUUUGUCUGCAUAAAUACUUGCCAGUUUUCUUGUAUAAUUAAUCAUGGUACCAUGAAGUGGGGACUGCCGCAGAUACAUUAUUAUUAUUUAUUAAUAUUUUGUUUCCGUAAGAAGUAAUGGUGAUUGUAAAUUUCCCCUGAAAAGAAGAAGAGUAUUCCUAG